AUGGGAAGCCGAGCAUUACUUGUGCUAGCACCAGCAUUUUUAUCUGAAAGUAUUCUGCUCAAUCACAUCUCAAGAUCUGGAUUUCAUCAACUCCUUACACAGAAUGAAAAGAGGGUUAGGGUUGGAGGUCGCAACUACUCGAUUCAUUCCAAUUUGGAGCGACCCAAUGUGACCCGUUUAGCAGAAACCGCCCGUAUCUCUCUCACUCCACAAGAGGCUGAAGAGUUUGCUCCCAAAAUUCAGCAAGUAGUAGACUGGUUUGGGCAACUCCAAGAUGUGGAUCUUCAAAGUAUUGAACCAGCUAUUCGUGCAGAUACUGAAGCAGGAAGCUUUCGUGAAGAUAGUCCUGAAACAUUUGAGAAUAGGGAUGCUAUUAUAGCUGCUGUCCCAAGUUAUGAGGCGCCUUACAUUAAAGUCCCCAAAGUCUUGAACAAGGAUUAAUACAAUUAGAGGUUAGCAGUUAGUAGUGCAUUCAAAAGAAACAAAUUUUGUUUAAAAAUCCAUGCCUAGACAUGCUUACUGCCCCUGUUUAUUUAUAUUUUUUGAUCAAGUAUUGUCAAUGAUGUUUAAAAUAUUAAAGAGCCAAUCGAAGUGAAGGACCAUCUCUAGUGAUCCGGC